UCAAGGUGUUGAAGUUACCUGAAAAGUGGAAGAAGACCCGGUGACAACAGGUAUACCCAAGGGCACCACAGGAGUUAGCCCAGCUCUGGUCAAGAUGAUGCCUUGAAGACCACUGAUAGGAUUCUCCACAACUGACAGCCGCUACAUAGUACCCACCCCUCCCCACCAGUAUUGUUUGAAAACAAGCCCUAGAAGAAAAAAGAUAUGCAGACAUGGCUACCAUCAGAACUGUAGUGUUUUGCGGAAUCCUUCUUCUUCUGUGCUGCUGUACAUGUGUCCAUGGUGAGGACGUGCAAGGAUUUGAAGGUGGAACGGUGCUCUUUAGCCUGACCAGUUUUCCUGAGUUUGACGAAACCAAGAGGCUGGAGCUGACGAUCGUGAGAUCUGAUGGCACAAACCAAACGGUAUUGGACUGGCCGGCAGGCUUCGUUGUGGACAUGGCGAGCGUAUCUGAGCAGUUCCGAGGCCGGAUGUCGCUGAUCUCUAGUGGAGAGCCCGGGCAGCACCAGGGGCCGGCCGCGGUUAGAAUCACGGACCUGAGGCCCAGCGACGCCGUGACGGGAGGGUACUUCCAGUUCCGACAGCCAGGGGUCGCUCCGGGGCCACGGAUGGAGUUACGAGUGUUUGCCAUCACAGUCAGCGCCUCUCCUAACCCGGCAACUAUCGGACAGAAGGUGGCGAUCACGUGUUCUGUGGAUGACGGGAGUCCCGACAGUUUCACCUGGACUCACGAGGACACAGGACAAACCAUUCAGGGGACACAAAAUCCACAAGGCAGCUCUUACACAGCCGAGUUCACGGCUAUACCAGACAGUGCAGGCAGCUAUGUGUGCUCAGUGAGCGGGACCAUCGGACAGGGACGGAAGAACAUUCGCCUCCAAGUUGGUGAUGCCAUGGUAACCGCUGUAACCACGCCCACAUCGGCUGCCAUGACAACCAUUAUGACCACGCCCUCAGUAGGUGCCAUGGCAACUCAUCCAUCCACAUCCCGGACUCCAGUGCCAACAGAGGAGAAGUUUUCCACAACAAAACUGGACAGGACUUUGGGGCUGGAGGCUGUUCAGCAGCCCAACCCAUCCGGCGAAAGUGAGGGUUUGAACACAGAGGCCAUCAUCGCAUGCGUACUUGGAGGGGUGAUCUUCAUCAUUGUGAUAGCUGCAGUUGUGGUUUUGGUCUGGUUUCGUAAGAGACGGAAGAGGGAAACAGAGGAAGGUUAUAAGCAUGAGUAA